UCGUCCACCAUGGCUCCACUGUUCCACGUGGAGGCUCUUCUCCCGAGCUCGAUCUCACCCAAGAUCGACUCCAUCCUCCACUCCCACAUCUACCCGCAGGUAGGUCACGUCUUCCGCGCCGUCGCCAGGUUCAGGGCCCUGCUCGUCGACGUGAUACUCAGCAAGAAGAAGACGGCCGCCGCGAGAGCUGGCAGCGGCGGGUACGGCUACUACGGCCGCUCGACGAGGAGGAGCCGCGGCAAGAAGCGGACGAGCAAGAUCGCCGGCUUCAUGAAGAUGCGUUUCGUCGGCUCCUCCGGCCCGGCUCGGGCAAGGGAUCGGCUGGACGCCAGCCGCGCGCCCUGCUAUCCGUCGUACUCGUACUACGAGUACUCGGCGGCGUGGAACGCUGUGGUUCCAGCGACGCCGGCGGCCGUGGAGGAGGAGGUCGUGGAGGUGUGCGACGACACGGCGGAGUGCGGGUACCUGUGUUGGCUGGAGGAGGAGACGUCGUCGGGUGGCACGCCGGCGGGCGAGGGCGAGGGCGAGGCUAGUCCGGCGGUGAACGAGAUCGACAAGCUGGCGGAGAAGUUCAUCGCGAGGUUCCACGCAAAGUUCUUACUGGAGAAGCAGGAGUCGUACCGGAGGUACCAGGAGAUGAUCGCCAGGAGCAUAUGAACCACGAGAUCCAUGGCGAUCCGUCGAGGAUUCAUCCAUUGCGCCGGGCGGCUUGGUGUCCGGACUCUGAGCAUCCGGAGUACUGCGUGAGUACGAAUUUGAUGUUGAGCAGUGAGUGAUUCAUGGUGCAGCUCUUCGUGGCCGUGCCUCGAAAUUGGAGUCAUUUAAUUUUCGUGUGUGUGUGUGUGUGGAUUCAUGUAAGGUUGGGUUACGGCCGAAGCGAGAUUAUUCUUCGGGAGGUCAAGAAAUAAUAUCAGGAGUGGUUUAUAUA